AUGGAGGCCCCAGACAACACAGUGGCCCUCCGAGUAUCGUGCAUUGUGGAACGACGAGUUGAGAGGCUUGAUAAGCCUUGUUGUAUACCUAUUGCAAAGGUGUUGCUUAUUGCCUUUGAAUUGACAGAUUCCUUUCCACUUGGAAGGAAUGGGACCAAUCCCAUCGUCGCUAAAGCUCUUGGAUUCAGGCCAGAUACCCAAGAAGGGACUUGUAAGCGGACAUUACCGCUGAAGAUACUUCCUCUCCGCAUUACAAGUUCUCCUGCGGGCAUGGCCUCGCCGCCGCUGAAGGUGGCUGGAAUGUUUCAGAGGGAAGCCAUUUGA